CAGCUGCAGCGCCAACGAGGUAGCGAACCCAUCUUAGACAUAUAAAACGAUUUGUCGACGGUAUGGAGGCAGGCUAAGGUAGAUGAUAUCAGUCUACAAUGUCGACGACCAAAGAUCCGCCACGCAGACCUGCGCAUCACGCCAACGACUACCGCACUAAAUUCAUCAACCCGUGGCCAUCUGCAGGUGCACCGACAUGGGGAGAGCUUUUGCAAGCCUCUUUCCCACUUAGCACGUAUGGUGUCGACCUACGCAAACACCACAAAGCACGGGACAUGAGGGUCGUGAAGCCAGAUUGGGGCAAGGCCAGCCUGACGAAGCAAGACUUGUCCAAAGAGAAUGCCAUCAUCGGCACAUGGUUAGGCCAUGCGGGUGUAAUGGUCGAGAUCCCAUCCCUGGCACCAUCACCAGAAGCCAAAAGCACAUGGCUCCUGUUUGAUCCAAUUUUCUCGACGAGGGCUGGUCCGACACCCUACAGGGGCGUAGCGAGGAUGAAAAAGAGUCCAUGCCAAGUAGAGGAUCUGCCUGGUUGCGACGCCGUGUUCAUCUCCCACAACCACUACGACCAUCUCGAUUGGCCUACUAUACAAGCCAUCACACAGAAAUUUCCAGGAGCGAAGUACUUCGUCCCCUUGGGUAACAAGCAAUGGAUGUUGUCUGGAGGAAUACCGGACAAGCAAAUUUACGAGCUGGACUGGUGGCAGGAAUGUGAAUUCGGAACAUCCGACUUUAAUGCGCAGCGUGACGAGGAGUUUGUCCUCAGAGUGUCGUGUGUCCCCGCACAGCACAAUUCUGGCCGCUCCGUGACCGACCAGGGUUGUACGUUGUGGUGUGGCUGGGUAGUUGAGCGAUUCAUUGCGUCCAAAGACGAGCCAGUAUCCUCCACCUCGAAAGAGGCCAGAAGAGGGGCAAUCUAUCACGCUGGAGAUACGGGUUACAGGCGAAUAACAAAGUCAGAAACCGUAUGCCCUGCAUUCAAGGAAAUUGGAGGCAAGUUUGGGCCGUUUGACCUGUCGUUUGUGCCGAUAUGGAGGGGCGGCACUCUGGGGUUCAUCUCCUAUAUUGGCUUGCGCUUGUCGCAUCAUGAUGUCCCUUCUGCCUCUCACGGAUCGCCUGCGGAUGCAAUCGCCAUACACUGUGAUGUAAAGUCGAGAAAUACCGUCGGCAUUCACUUCGGAACCUUCGUUGGGUCCGACAAUGAGUCGUACGAAGCAAUGAUUGAAUUGAGUCUAGCGUGUGAUGAGCAAGGCGUUGGGAGUUUGGACGGUAGCAGUAAUGAAGGACAAAACGGAGGAGCUGGGACACUUGACAUCGGCGAGAGUCUGGCUGUUGCGAUUUCAUAGACAUUCAUCAACAUCUGCAUGCUGUG